UACGUGUGUGUGCACGUUUUACACCACUCUCAUCUUCAUCCAUAUCUCUACUCUCUUACUAUCCAAGUUAACCUCUUGAAAUGGUUUCCUCAGAGCUUGAAGCAAGAGAGAACUCGGAAACAAAAGAGAAAUAUGGUCAUUGCUUGAGUUAUAUUUUGCCAACAACUGGAGAUCAUGAGGUGCACUGGCCCUCCCCCUCUGAGCUCUAUAAACAACUUUGUGAUGGGACUUCCCUCAACAAUGGAUCUAAGAUUUAUUGGUUUCAUAGGAAGGGAAGGGGUAAUGCCUACUUCAUAUUUCCAAAAGCCAUCUCAAUAGCUUGGAUCAAUGAAUGUCAGUACUGGAGAUGGAUAUCUAUCGAGAUUUUUGGUAAGAAAAUUGACGUGGCUGAGCUUGUAAAAGUUCGUUGGCUAGAUGUACGUGUAAGGAUCAAGGAAUAUAUGCUAUCAGCUGGCGUUACAUAUGAACUAUUAUGUCAUCUUUUGUUAAAGUCGUGUGCAUCGGGAUGGCAUGAACCUAUUAACUUUGGACUCACCUUGCCAAAUGGGACAAAAUUUGUGAACAGUGAAAGCCUAGAAUGUAAGCCACGAGAUGUUUGGUUUACGAUCAAGGUCGAGGAAUUCAAGAUUGGCGAUAAACAUGGUUGUUUGAAUGCUAAGGAGUACGAGUUUAGCAUGUAUAACCACAAUCAACAUUGGAAGUCGGGAUUGAUCUUUAAAAGUUUUGAAAUUCGACCAAAGCAACCAUGUUGCAAAAGCUAAGAAUAUGAAUCUCUAAGUUUGUCUCACUCCAACUACCCUACUUGUAGUUUGGUUUAAAUAAAUGAGAGAGGUAUACUAUACUCUAGUUUGUUUUAUAAUAUAAACGACGGUAUCAGGAUGUAAUAGAUGUCUUGUGUAUAAAAUAUAAAAUUAUUAUA